UCUUGAGCACAGGGGAUCAGGCUGCAAAAGGAAACUAUGGACUCCUUGAUCUCAUACAGGCUUUAAGAUGGACUAGUGAGAAUAUUGGAUUCUUUGGUGGUGAUCCCUUAAGAAUCACUGUUUUUGGAUCUGGCGCUGGGGGUUCAUGUGUCAAUCUGCUGACUUUAUCCCAUUAUUCUGAAGGUAACCGUUGGAGCAAUUCAACCAAAGGUCUUUUUCAACGAGCAAUAGCUCAAAGUGGAACAGCCCUUUCCAGCUGGGCUGUUAGUUUCCAACCUGCAAAAUACGCUAGAAUGUUGGCCACAAAAGUUGGUUGCAAUGUUUCAGAUACAGUAGAGUUAGUGGAAUGCCUACAGAAGAAGCCUUACAAAGAACUUGUUGACCAAGAUAUUCAACCAGCACGAUACCACAUAGCCUUCGGACCCGUGAUUGAUGGUGAUGUAAUUCCAGAUGACCCUCAGAUAUUGAUGGAGCAAGGAGAGUUUCUCAACUAUGAUAUAAUGUUAGGAGUUAACCAAGGGGAAGGGUUAAAAUUUGUCGAAAAUAUAGUAGAUAGCGAUGAUGGUAUAUCAGCUAGUGAUUUUGACUUUGCUGUUUCCAAUUUCGUUGAUAAUUUAUAUGGAUAUCCUGAAGGCAAAGACGUUUUGAGAGAAACCAUUAAAUUCAUGUAUACUGACUGGGCUGACCGUCAUAACCCUGAAACCAGAAGGAAGACAUUAUUGGCUUUAUUUACGGACCAUCAGUGGGUGGCACCAGCUGUAGCUACAGCAGAUCUUCACUCAAACUUUGGUUCACCUACAUACUUCUAUGCCUUUUACCAUCAUUGCCAAACAGAUCAGGUUCCAGCUUGGGCUGAUGCAGCUCAUGGAGAUGAGGUUCCCUACGUACUAGGAAUUCCCAUGAUUGGACCUACAGAGUUAUUUCCUUGCAAUUUCUCCAAAAAUGAUGUGAUGCUGAGUGCAGUCGUAAUGACAUACUGGACAAAUUUUGCUAAAACUGGUGACCCAAAUCAGCCAGUCCCUCAAGACACAAAAUUCAUCCAUACCAAACCCAACCGCUUUGAAGAAGUAGCAUGGACCAGAUAUUCCCAGAAAGACCAACUCUAUCUCCAUAUUGGAUUAAAACCGAGAGUUAAAGAACAUUACAGAGCCAAUAAGGUGAACCUCUGGUUGGAGCUGGUACCUCAUCUGCAUAAUCUCAAUGACAUUUCUCAGUAUACCUCGACAACAACUAAAGUGCCAUCAACUGACAUCACUUUCAGACCCACAAGAAAAAAUUCUGUACCCGUCACAUCAGCCUUUCCCACUGCCAAGCAGGAUGAUCCCAAACAACAACCAAGUCCAUUUUCAGUGGAUCAAAGGGACUACUCCACAGAGCUGAGCGUCACGAUUGCGGUUGGAGCAUCACUGCUGUUUCUGAACAUCUUGGCCUUUGCAGCCCUAUACUACAAAAAGGAUAAGAGGAGACAUGAUGUUCACAGGAGAUGCAGCCCUCAGCGCACGACUACCAAUGAUCUGACCCAUGCACAAGAAGAGGAGAUCAUGUCCCUCCAAAUGAAGCACACUGAUUUGGAUCAUGAAUGUGAGUCUAUCCAUCCACAUGAGGUGGUUCUUCGGACCGCCUGCCCCCCAGAUUACACACUAGCUAUGAGGAGGUCACCUGAUGAUGUUCCUUUAAUGACACCUAACACCAUUACAAUGAUUCCCAACACUAUACCAGGGAUUCAGCCCUUACACACAUUCAAUACAUUUACUGGAGGACAGAACAAUACUCUGCCCCACCCCCACCCUCACCCCCAUUCACAUUCAACAACCAGGGUAUAGCCAGAUAAGAGAAACAAACUCUAUUUUUUGAUGGACUGCAGUAAAAGAGUACUGAAGAUUCCUUGGCUUUCAACCUACAAGACUCUUACUAUUUAAAUAAGGAGGAAUAUUAUGUGAAUAUACAUAUCAAGAACUUCGGGGGUUUUGAAAAAAUUGAAUUGUACAUAUAUACACAAAUCAACUUUAAAAACGAAUUUCAAUUGCUCGAAGCAAUUGUUCUGAAUGAUACUUUUUCAUUCACAUUCAAGAAUUAAUUUUUUGAAGAUUUAUGUUACAUAAUGGAAUUAGGCAUGUGGAACAUCAAACAGGAAAGAACUAUGUCUGAAAUAUAAAAAAUAAAAAUAAAAAAACAACCAUGAAUAUGCACAAGGGACACACCAAUGGAAUGUCAGAUAAUUUUCACCAGGUUUUAUUUGGAGCAGUUUUAUUGUGUAGACCAUAUUUACAUAUUUGGAUAAGUACACAAAGCACCAAUGCUGUUAAUGGCCUUAGCAGAGGCUCAUGCUGAAAUUUGCCAGUAAAACAAAGAAGUUUAAAGACUGGCAGGUACAACAUUAUCACAUAAGUGCUGUCAGUAUAAAGUUGUGGGGAUAAAGGAAACUGGAUAUUUUUAGCACGAUGUGCAUGAUAAUUUAUAUGCUUGGUGGCUGUGCUGCUGAUUAAGCCGUAAUUAAAAUCCUUCUCAUCUCAUUGGAGUUUUUAGUAGACGCUUCCUCCAUCAAUUGGCAGAACCUAAAGAAGAUUUUAAGGGGCAAAAGUAAUUACAAUAAAAUAAUUCACAGUAGUAUUGAUAAUAGAAGGAGUUAGUUAUUAAAGGUAUUUGAAGAAACUAUAGGUAUAGUGGUGAAUACUCGCUGAUGUGAAUCCCAGAAAAAAAUUUCCCGUGUUUUUAAUGUUCUUUUCAUUCCCAUCUAAAUAAUUUAGAGAAAUAGAACCCUAAUUGGAAAUGUGUUACGGGAUCUAUAAUUUGCUGUGCUUUUUGUUACUCUGUGUUUUGUUACUUUUGGUAAGGUGAAGUGUGUCCAAAGAAAUUACUUGCAAGUCUUUAUUAUGAUAUGAGGAUGCCCCAAAUUACCACUCUGAUUACAGUUCUCAGUUAAUUGAUUUACUCAUGUUGCAUGACAAAAUGUUUACUACUAAGAAUUCAGUAUAAAGUUAUGUCCCUCCUCACAUCAUUUAUCUUUCUUACUGAGGUUCAUUCAUUCACUGGAAUUUACUCACACAAUCUCAGUAGAGUGCAACCUAGAUACAGACCUAAAAGGGGAGUCAACAUCUGGAGGAUUUUAGUCUUACACGUACGUGUGAUUUUAAGUGAAUAUUCUAAGACCACAGGAAACUCUUCAUUCCCUUGUUGUUUACCAGUAACAGUAUAUCACAGACCUUUCCAAAUGUUUGUAUAUGUAAUCAGAUGUACAUUUAUAUUAAAAAAAUUGAGAUGGACUUAAAGAGCACAUCCUGAUAAAUACUUUCUCUCUUACCUGUACUAUAUUUCUAUUAGACUAAAGUUAUGUGAUUUUUUUUUACAUUUUUUCAGAUGACUAGCAAUUUUGAUAGUUUGUAAGAUAAUGCAAAGAACUUUCUCUGACAAACUAACUGCAGUAACAGAAACCUUUCUUUUCAGUUACUCUUUUUCAAGAAUGAAAGCUUAUUAUAUGAAAAAAAAAAUUGUAUACUACUUGAUGGAAACAACUUUGUACAUCUUGGCCAUGUCACUGGUCAUUGCGUGAAAUAAAGAUAAUAAUGACUAUUAGUCCAAUGCUAAGA